AUGAGCCGGAUACAGCGCUGCUUCAAGUCCCUGGCUUCCGCUGGCUUCUUUCGCACCCAGGACGACAAGAAAUUGGAACUACUUGGCCACGGGAGGGAAUACGCGGAGCUACUGCAACAGCAUUGGCUACGACUGCGUCCCCUGGCUGCUCAUCUGGGGGAGGACACCAGCGGAUCUAGAUCCCCUUCCGACCGACAGCGUUUUUCGUUUCCCCAAAGCCAGCAAUUCCAAACCAAUUUCCAAAAGCUCCUCAAAGAUCACCCCCGCAAAGCUAAAUGCCCCACUCUCAUCAAGCACCUGAGCAAGCGCUCCUCCAGCAAAGCCAAUCCCUUGUUCGUUGUAAAGUGUCCGACCACGCUUUUAACCACAGACUUCCUGGUGGAACCACAUCGCGCACUGGAACACUUUUACAACAUGCAGCGCGAGAGCAAGAUCUGGUGGAUGCGGCUGUCUUCAAAUCCCAGCCGCUAUCGCAUCGUUCCAUGCGAUUUGGAGGAGGAUCUUAAUCCCAAAAACUAUCAAGCCAUCGACAUACGAUCAAGCUACGGCGAAGCGGGAGAAGUGACAGUGGAAGAACUGAGUCUGGUGAAGAUUGAAGAUGACAACCACUUUCGACUCACUGAUGCGCGAACGGGUGAUUCUGUGCAACCGACUGUCAUACGAUCUGUGAUUGAGCUGGAAACGGCCACAUGUGCUCUGCUUUUGGACGGCUGUGAUCAUGGCCGAGAUGCACAAUCCCUGCUGCUUCAUCGCGGACUGGCGCCUUACCAAUGUGGAAUAGCCUGUGUAGACAGCGAUUCCGAACUCUCCGAAGACUUGGCCGACCUUUGCCUUCACCUGAAGCAUGUCAUUAACCACGCAGGUCUGCGACUUUGCCAAGGCCCUGGAUUUGCUUCGACCAAGGAUGAUUCACAGCUAUCAGAGCACUUGCUGAAAUCGGACAUGCUGGGCGUACCCUAUACACUAGUCUUAAGCGAACAAACGCUCAAGAACGGGCUGAUGCAGUUGCGCAGCCGGGACACUAGACUGGCGGAGACCAUACACAUAAGUGAUGUACCGGACUAUUUAUUGAAUAUAUUUAAAAACUGAAAAUAAACAGGAGGCUACAUAAAGUCGCACAGAUACUGGCGGACAUUGAA